UGGAAUUUUGACUCACGCCUUUCCAUUUGCAGGAACUUUCCCUGAUUCCUUCACAACAAAAUGGACUGGAGCAAAGGUGGUGAUAAUCACAGUCACGCACAUGAGAACUGUCACCAUGGACAUUCAGGUCAUUCUCACAGUCAUGGGCCGAGAGCGGCGGCGUUUGGCGGGGUGGGACUCCCGUUCGUGCCCUCUUUUCAUGGACAGUUUGGCAAGAAUGCAGAAGAAGCAUUGGACCUCACUCUACAGCCAAAGAAACGGUCACACCUGGACGACAGCAGCAGCUGGGACAUCGUGAAGGCAUCACAGUUUGGCAUCUUGGAUCGCUGUAAAGAGUUGGUGGAAGCCGGAUAUGACGUCAGGCAGCUGGACAAAGAGAACGUGUCGCUUUUGCACUGGGCGGCCAUCAACAAUCGCUUGGAGUUGGUCAAGUAUUACAUUUCCAAAGGGGCAAUAGUUGACCAGCUUGGAGGAGACUUGAACUCCACACCUCUUCAUUGGGCCAUAAGGCAGGGCCACCUGCCCAUGGUCAUUCAGCUGAUAAGGUACGGAGCCGAUCCCUCCAUUGCAGACGGGGAAGGGUAUCGCGCUCUUCACCUCGCCAUCCUCUUCCAGCACAUGGCCAUCGCGGCUUACCUUAUGGCCAAGGGACAGGAAGUCGACAGCCCUGACUGCAAUGGACAGACGCCUCUGAUGCUAGCGGCCCAGAAGAUUAUCGGGCAUGAGCCCACUAACUUCUUAAUCAAAAACAACGCGUCAGUGAGCGCCGUGGACAAAGUGAACCGGAACACUCCGCUUCACUGUGCCGUGCUGGCGGGCAACAUCGACGCCGCGUACGUCCUGCUGGAAGCCGGAGCCAGCUUGGAUCUGGAGAACAUCAACGGCCACACACCUGUCGAGCUGGCCCACCAGGUUCACAGCCCCCUGCUCAUCCACGUGCUCAACCAAGUCCAACGGGAGAGGAUCCGUGCCAACUCGCGCUGUUUACGAAUCGUCACCAAAUACAAAGUGUUUCUUCAGUUUGUGCUCUCCGCUGCCAUGUUUGGCUGCCUGGCUGCCAUUUUGGAUAUGAAUUCCGACUCCUGGUUGCUCAAAGGGGUUCUGAUAGUUUGCGUGGUUGGUGCAGUCAGUUUGGCCACAAGGAAUUUCCCCGUUGCGGUGUUUCAGUCAACUGUACCAGCGACAGCUCUCAUGGCCUCCAUCUUCUGGAUGCUUGUCACUUGGUGCCUCUGGUUCCUACCAGAUGGCCACAGCGCCACAGUCCAGGUUCUUUUCACGCUCAACGCCACUGCCCUGCUCUACUACUACCUCCGUGCCUGUAGGACUGACCCUGGUUUUGUGAAGUCAACUGAAGAGGAGAAGAAAAUGAAUGUGUUGCUGUUGGCUGAGGCCGGCUGUCUCGAGCCGAGCAUAUUCUGCACUUCCUGCAUGAUUAAAAAACCAGUUCGAGCCAGCCACUGCCCGAGAUGUGACGCGUGUGUAGCCAAGCAGGACCAUCACUCCGUCUGGACCAACAGCUGCAUCGGCGCCAGGAACCAUCUUUACUUUGUCCUCUUCCUGCUCUCGCUCUCGCUCAUGGGCAUCUGGAUGUUCCACGGUUGUGUCGUGUACUGGUCGACACAUUGCCUGCCACGCCAUGAGGAGCGAGGUCUGGUGGCAGUGGCCUUUGCCGUGGUCGAUUGCUCGCCGUGGUUGCUGUGCGUCUUCUUGUUGGCUUUGUACCACACCUGCUGGUCCAGCUUCAUCCUGCUCCUGCAGCUCUACCAGAUCGCUUUCCUCGGACUGACCACUGCCGAGAGGAUGAGCCUAAUGAUGCACGCAAGAAAACUCAGACAAUCCUUGUCCUUGUCCCAAAAUCCAUACAAUUUGGGUGUCAUGAGGAAUCUGGCGUCCUUCUUCCACCUGCGCUGCUGCGGCCUCUGCAAACCGGCCAUCAUUGAUUGGACGCAGCAGUUUCCGCCAGGCCAAGACCAGCGCUUGUUUCGACACACGGACAUGGUGUAAUGCUCAGGGGAGACCUUAGCAGUGGCUUUGAACCAAAAAAAAGCACAGUGUAAUUAUUUAUUUUUCUAAUUCAUCGAAAGGCUCGUCGUGAAGUGAAAUCACUCCAGUGUGGAUAAAAUGCAAUAUGUUGCAAAUGUUUGCUUUUUUUUUUUUUUUUGGUUGUUUUGUAUAGCCUGCUGCUGCCUUUUUGACCUGUGGAAGUCAAACAAAUCACUUGCAAAUGUAUUGCAGAAUUGUAAAAAAAAAAAAAAAAAAAUGUUGACAUUUGAGUUUCACACAUCUCAAGCUUAUUUUUUAAACGUGCUCUCGGAAAGGGAAAGCUCUUUCUACCUGCUAAGUCUGUUUUAUAAGACUCGCAUGUGUUUCAUAAUAAAAGACCACUAUGAUACUUCA